ACGUCAAGACACUGCGCGUCUCAGGUUCUCAUGUGCUGAUAUCAUAGCUCUAUUCCAUGUAACAGACCCCUUUGUUUCCUUGGGCGUCAUGGCUUUGCGUAGCUAUGUAUGACGGUUCGACAGAUAUACAUAGGUAUGAGGGUACGUAUUUCGUUUGCCUUGGUAAUGAUCGUUCCUUGUCCACUGCCGUCGAUCGCCAAGAACCGACCCAACCGAGCCUCACCAACAUCACAGCGCCUACAGCCGACUAUUCGGAGACUAAUAUAUGUGCUUGAGGCAUUGCCUCUAGGUCUAAACCCACCCUGUAAUCACGGUCCCGGCUAGGGAUCAUGUUCAUUUGGCGCCAACAGUGAUUUCCCCAGAUCGAUU